GGUAAAUCUGGAUCCAAAAUCCAGUGCACCCCAACAAAGGCCGGGGGGGAUCGCUUCAUUCCCAACCGCAGCACUAUGCAGAUGGAUAUGGCCAAUUUCCUCCUGACCAAAGAGAAUGAUCCUGCUGAGGAGUCCCCUACCAAGAAGGAGCAACAGAAAGCCUGGGGAGUGAAUCUGAAUGGUUUUGAUAUAGAAGAGGCAAAGAUCCUCCGCCUCAGUGGAAAGCCACAGAAUGCUCCGGAAGGCUAUCAGAACAACCUGAAAGUGCUCUACAGUCAGAAAAUGACACCUGGAUCCAGCAGGAAGAAUGGCAGAUACAUUCCCUCAAUGCCAGACCGGAUCUUGGAUGCACCGGAGAUCCGCAAUGAUUAUUAUCUGAAUCUCAUUGACUGGAGCUCUCAGAACUUCCUGGCUGUUGCUCUGGACAAUUCAGUGUAUCUGUGGAAUCACACCUCUGGGGAGAUUAUCCAGCUGCUGCAGAUGGAGCAUCCAGAUGAUUACAUUUCCUCUGUGUCGUGGAUUAAAGAAGGAAACUACCUUGCUGUUGGCACAAGUAAUGCUGAGGUCCAGCUAUGGGACAUACAGCAGCAGAAACGUCUCCGAAAUAUGACCAGCCAUUCUUCCCGUGUGGGGUCCCUCAGCUGGAACAGCUACAUCCUCUCCAGUGGGGCGCGGACUGGCCACAUCCACCACCAUGAUGUCAGAGUGGCCGAGCACCAUGUGGCCACACUUGCUGGCCACACACAGGAGGUGUGUGGACUCAAGUGGUCUCUAGAUGGCCGCUACCUAGCCAGUGGUGGCAAUGACAACCUGGUGAACAUCUGGCCGUGCACUCAGGGGGACAGUGGGGACUUUGCUCCUGUACAGACCUUCACUCAGCACCAGGGUGCUGUCAAGGCUGUGGCGUGGUGUCCGUGGCAGUCAAAUGUUCUAGCCACUGGAGGUGGGACUAGUGACAGAUACAUCCGCAUCUGGAAUGUGUGUUCUGGCACCUGCCUCAGUGCUGUUGAUGCUCAUUCUCAGGUCUGUUCCAUUCUGUGGUCAACAAACUACAGGGAGUUCAUUUCAGGCCAUGGAUUUGCACAGAAUCAGCUGGUUAUAUGGAAGUACCCAACAAUGGCCAAGGUCACUGAGCUGAGAGGUCACACUGCCAGAGUCCUGAAUCUGACUAUGAGCCCUGAUGGUGCCACAGUGGCCUCAGCAGCUGCUGAUGAAACACUGCGGCUUUGGCGCUGCUUUGAGAUGGACCCCAUAAAGAAGAAGGAGAAAGAGAAGGCCAACAGUGCCAAAAGCAGCAUCAUUCACCAGGGCAUCCGAUGAGUGCAUGGGGCAGCUGUAGGGAGGGGGGAAACUUGGCUUAAGCAGUGUACAGUAUUUUAAAUGUUAAUAAAUUGCUUUAAUUUGA